AUGGAGGAUCAUCUCCGAAAAACAGUUGAACCUCCACAGAUACAGAGCACGGAUCGGUUGAACGAGCAUCCCCAUUGCAUAAAACAUUUGAUAGCGGAACGGAUUCGCUAUCAAGAUGAACAACGGCAGCGUGAAAUGGAAUCAUCUGUUCCGGUUGUCGUUAGCUUCAGAAUCCCGGCUGCAAUGAUUGAUGUGUUAGUUGGAGAGGAAGAUCAACGAUCACAUCUCAUAGCAUAUGCAACGCAGACGGAAUUAUUUCUGCCACGCCACUUCCAAAGUUCCACCUUCACAAUCAGCGGAUAUGAUCAUAAUAUCCGCAGAGCUCUGCGGAUGAUUGAGAAAAUAAUCAAUGAAGAAUGUUGUAAUUCCGAUUCUUCAAAUUACACUUUUAUCGCUGAUCCGAAUGUGGAGGAAAGUGGCACGGAUUAUAUCCUUUGCAAUGGACCGAUUCGUGAAGCAAGGUAUAGGCUUGGAAGGGAAGGUAUGCAUCGAGGUUAA